AUGGCGAUGAUGCCUAGCGCAUCCACAGACAACAGGACGUCAAGCCCUUUUGUGAUUGAGCGUGACGAUGAUUCCUCUCUGGACAAUGACCUAGUGCUGGCAGAUGACUCUAUUGAAGCCGAUGACCCUCUAUCCUCUACAACCGACCGAACUCCCCUAACAGGAAAUAUCGCAAAUGACCGUGGUGAUUCCUCAAGGUCCGGCAUCGGUGGUAGUAUUACCGGAUCUUACCUUACGUCCUCUAUUCCUGGCGAAGACCGUCGUGCUCCGGUCAACACAAUCGACGAAUCGGUAUGGGAUACGUUAUCACGCGACCUUAUUGGGGUAUGGGAGAAAAUGAGACAAGUCCUCUGGCCAAAAUAUUUACUCGGCGGCAUGCUGAACCGCGGUGGUGGAGGGAUUGGCGGUGCAGCGGAAAGAGGCGAAGCAACCGGCUUCGGGAAUGGACUUGUCGGGGGAGUCAGAGGGCUCGUUGGCCGAUGGCCCGAUGCAGAUGUUGUGCUACAGGGCGGAAUGAGUGAAGGGCUAAGAGAUUGGGAUCUUUGGUUUGUCCAUUCUUCAGGGGCCAUUAAUAUUCUGCUUGUUAUUGAGUAUGUUUAUGUCCAUGGCGGCAUCAAAGGAACAGAAGAGUUUGGUAUUCUCGGGGAUGUUCUGUAUAGUAUGGAUUGGAGAAGCUGUGGUAACUUUGCAGAUCAAAUUACUGGGCGGAAAUAUCUCUUUCUUCCAGUCCGUUUGCCUAAUCGGAUAUACAACGUUUCCUCUAGUAAUUGCGGCCCUGCUAAGCGCGCUAGGGCUACCUUUUAUCCCCCGAAUUCCGGUAUAUCACCGACAGGCCGCCACAACAGUUCGAAACGAGGGAUUGUCGACAUGGCAACACCAGAAGAGCAGGUACAGCUUGAACGCUCAAAGGAUCCCGCAAAGAAUUCCCAGAUAUCUCCUACAGAAGAUGAACAGGAAAACGAAGCCAAAUCCCCGCGUCGCGACGCAGAAGAGCUUUCAGAAGGUACGAAAAUUUUAGAAUCAACAACGGAACCAGAAGAAACAAAUGAGCCCACCUCUGACUCCAAAAAAGAUGGGUCCGGUGAGCGACCCGUCCGCCAAAAGCUCAAGGAAACUUCCAUUGGCGGGGUUCCCUCUCAGCAGCAAGUCCUAAACAACCAGCCUGCAGAGCCUCGAGAAUACGAUCCGGAAGACGACGAUAAAAGAGGGCGUGUUAGGCGAAAACGGUCCUUUGAUGAAGCUAUAGAAACAGACGAAGCCGACAAUGAAGUUAAGAAGGAAGACGACAACGCCCAUCGAAGAAAGAGGUCGAGAUCCUCGAAAGCGGAAGAAAGACCUAACCAGGAAAAUCAGGUAAAGCCGGUGGUGGAGCGUGAACCAACUCUUUCAAACCAACGUCGAUUAUCAAACGAUACCGAGGAGAUUCUAAGCCCCAAGAAGAAGCGAAGCAGGGACCAACUUGAUAGAGAGGAUAGAACACAGGCCGAAAGGGAGCGUCAAACCAAAGGCAAUGAUCUACUCGAAGGGAGCCAUGAUGUGGAAGAACCGAAACCGUCUGCAAAAAUUCGCACAGCCGAGGGUGAGCCAGAGAAGAAGAGACAUCGUGACGAAUCGCGGGACCGGGAUAGUUCCAAAGAUGAUUCCUCUACAAAACCUUGCUUGUCAAACCCAUUUUUGAAUACCUCUGCUACUUCUCCCUUUGCAGGCCUACCAGCCCCUGCCCCAGUCGAGACCAGCUCCAAAACCCAACCCACUACUUCUACAUCAGCAUUCGCUUCAUCGGGAUUGGCCGCGUUUGCUGGUUCAGAAAAAUCCCCAUUCGGCACCAUAGGUAGCGGACCGUCUAUUUUUGGGUCUAUGAAACCUAUGCAACCCACCACGAAAGAGAAAGAAAAGUCGCAACCUCCUACGACUGGGGCUAGCUCGUUUGGAUCAUUUUCUGGGGGAUUUUCUUCUAGUGCCUUUGCUAAAUUCGCUGCUCCUGUGGCACCUACAACUACAGUGGGCUUAACCAGCUUUGCUUCGCCCGCUGCUCCUGCUGCCCCAGCAGGCUCUGGGGCUUUUGGCGGUUUUGGAGGCAAUUCAAAGACGAAAGCCUUUGGUGCAACGUCAGAUGACGAAGGUGGGGAAGAAGAACAGACAGAAGAUGAAACACGCCCUGCUUUUGAAGGACUUGAAGACGUGAAGGAAGAUGAAAGGUUUUUCAAGCAAGAAACUGAAACUGGGGAAGAAAAUGAACGGACUUGGUACUCUGGCCGAGGAAAAUUGUUUCAGUUCGAUGGCAAAGAGUGGAAAGAGCGUGGUAUCGGCACCUUCAAAAUUAACGCUAUGGAGUCGCUAGUGGAGGGAGAGGAAGGCUCAAAACCUAAGAAAGUUGUACGGUCUGCACGUAUGAUUAUGCGGAGUGAUGGGGUGUUACGUGUCACUCUAAAUUGCCCUAUCUUCAAGGGAAUGAAAGUGGGCGAUGCGAAUGGAAGCGAACCUAAGGGCAAACAAAUCCAUCUUGCUGGGAUUGAGAAUGGCAAAUCUAUACCAUUUUUGCUAAGGACUUCAAGCACUGAGGCAGCCAAAGAUAUCUACCAUAGUAUCCACGAAAUUUUAGCGGAUAUUUAA